AUGAUAAGUGCUGAAGCUUGGAAUGAUGUCCAAUUAGCAGAAAGUAACAGCGAUGAUUAUCAUUUGUUUCAGCAGUUGUGUUUCACAAAUAUGACUGUAUUGUCUGAUUGUGGCAGUUUUGAGUAUAAAGACUGUGCAGAAUCAUUUCUUGGAAGAGGUUCAUUUGGUUGCGUCUUCCGAGGUACUGAAAACAGUACGAGCAAACCAGUAGCAAUUAAAAAAAUGUCUAAAAUAUAUGUAAAAGCAAAUGAACUAAAAGUGAUGAAAACAGUUAAAAGUUCAUAUCUUGUUGGACUCAUUGAUGUCUGUAUGAACAGCAUAGACGACAGUAUGUAUAUUAUAAUGGAAUUAUGUGACAUUGACUUAGAUCGACAUUUAAAUUAUCACACUGUUGAUGGUAUAUUAUCACCAUAUAAUUUAAGGAAGCUGACAGACAAUAUCGUACGUGGAUAUCAUGCAUUAUAUAAAUGUUCUAUUGUGCACCGCGAUAUUAAGCCACAGAAUAUCUUGAUAAAAUACAGUGCCUAUAAGGAAAACUUGUUUGAUGCAGCGAAAAUCUCGGACUUUGGGAUUUCUCGAAUUUUAAGUGAAGAAGAACAAGCAUCACUAUCAAAUGUUGCUGGUACUCUGUAUUAUAUGGCGCCGGAAGUUGGUGCUAAUAUUUUGCGAACUUCUGAAUAUAGCCAUGAAGUAGACAUGUGGAGUUUGGGAUGUGUUUUCUAUCAAUGUAUCAUGGGCAAGGUUCCAUUUGAUGAACGUGAACUAUGCCGAAUAUUUCUUUUCGUAGCUUGCCAUAAUUAUGAUGCAUAUGACAAGCCUGAAUUACCAGUUGGUAUUGAUGAUGAUAUCGUCGGAAUAGUCCAUUCUUUGUUGGAAAUCGAUAGCACAAAACGGACAGUGCCUCAGGUCUUAUACGAUGAAAUAUGCAAAUUGGAUGGAAGCAGACGAUGUAGCAACGACUGCUCAUAUAUGGAUGAUAGUUUGAGUUGCAGAAGUAGUAUUGCAGAAUUGGAUGAUACAGAUUGA